CAUUUCUGCUGACAGCGUGUGCCUUGCUGGACGCUUAAAUAUUUACACUUCUUGUACUCACCGUACAUAUCCCUAGUUACUUCAUUCGUUACUUUAAACAAUGGUUGUAAAUCAGCAAGGCCAAGAGCUUCACCCAAAGAUCGUGUAUCAUCCGAAAUAUACAGAAACGCAGUCAGUCCGAUUCACGAAGUUUGUGGAGAAGAAGUACGGUAUCCAGAUUAGCGAUUACUGGAAUCUCCAGAAGUGGUCGGCAGAAAAAUUUCCUGAAUUCUGGGAAUGCGUAUGGGAAUUUUUUGACGUCAAACAUUCUCAACCAUUUACAGAGGUUUAUGACAGAAAAAAUGAUUUCUUAAACAUGGAGUGGUUUAAAGGUGCUCGUCUAAAUUACGCAGAAAAUAUUUUAAAAUACAGAGAUUCAAAAAAGCUAGCCAUUAUAGCAACAGGUGAUCACGACAAUGUGGAAUACGUGACGUAUGAAGAGUUGUAUACUGAAACCAAGACAUAUGCAGCCGCUCUCAAGGAUCUCGGGGUCAAAAAGGAUGAUGUCGUAGCAUGUUACAUGCCCAACAGAAAGGAAGCUGUCUUUGCAUUUCUGGCUACCGCAAGCAUUGGUGCUUUAUGGAGUGCAGCUUUACCCCUUCUCGGACCAAGGGCCGUUCUUUCAAGAUUUCAACAGCUAGAUCCAAAAAUCUUAUUCACAGCAGGAAAUUUCGUUUUCGAAGAAAAUGAGAUUUUAAUGGAUGAGAAGAUACCACAAGUGGUCGCUGGUUUGCCUACGCUUCAGAAAGUUGUUUAUGCUCCUGGAAAAGAUGGUAGCACGAAACAAAUUAUUAAAGACACACCCAAAUGUUGCUCGAUAUCGGAGUUUCUGAAAGAAGCGAGAGAAAGAGUGGGGAGCGCGGAUAUUAAAAUGGAAUUCGAACAACUUCCUUUCGACCAUCCUUUCUGUAUUAGUUUCACAUCGGGCACAACAGGUCUUCCCAAAGGUCUCAUACAUUCUCAAGGAUCAUUUUUUGCAUCUCUUAAGGACUAUGGUUUGAUGCAGGACUGCACGCAAGACGAUACCCUUUUGAACUUCUCACCGGCGGGUUGGAUAUCGUGGAAUAUGUUUGUCAACUGCUUGCACCUGGGCCUCACCCUAGUGAUGUACGAAGGCGAUCCUUUUACUUAUUCUAAAACACGAUUCUGGGAUGUGAUUGACAAAUUUGGAAUCAACUCCUGCUACAUAUGGAGUAGCACUGUAGAUGAAAUGGAAAAGCAAGGACAACUACCUACCUCCAGCCAUAGUUUAAAGAGCCUGAGGCAAAUAUUUCCUAUGGGAAGUCCAGCAAAACCUAAUAGUUUUGAUUUUCUGGCCGAAAAAAUAAAGCCUGGCCUGUUCUGCAGUCCUGCUUACGGACAGACAGAACUUUUUGGUCUUUGCAGUGGUCUAGAUCGUAAUCUUCCUGUUUACAGAGGUGAAAUUCAAAACUUUUCGCUUGGGAUAGAUGUUCAUUGCUUGGAUGACAAAGGCAAAUCUGCAGUUGGUGUGAGAGGUGAUUUAGUAGUGGCCAAUCCUUAUCCUGCAUUACCCAUUAAAAUUCUUGGAGAUAAAAAUAAACAGAAGAUGAAAGAAAUGUAUUUUUCAAGAUUCCCGGGUUAUUUUGACCUGGGAGAUGAUGCAUGGAUCAAUCCUGUCACUAAAGGUUUUAUCGUUUACGGUAGAGGGGAUGAAACAAUGAAUCCUAAAGGAGCCCGCUUCAACUGUGCAGAAAUGUACUUCGCAUUGGAUGGAUUUCCCGGGAUAGUGGAUUGCGUGUGCGUGUCCCACUACAAUCAAAAUCUGGACGAGAGGGUCGUCCUAUUUGUGAAGAUGGAAGAAGGCCACGUACUCACGGACCAGGUGAAAGAGGAUAUUAAAAAAACAGUUUCAGAAAAUAUGUCCUACGAACAUGUGCCAGAUGUUAUCAUGCAAGUGCCCGAUAUACCAUAUAACUUAACUGGAAAGAAACUGAAUAGUUUGGUGAAGAAACUCAUCAAUAAGAAGCCUGUUCUGAACAAAGAAAUCGUUAUCAAUCCUUUAUCUCUAAAAUUUUUCGAAACAAUAGAUCUUGGAGAUUUCUAAGAGAUUGUCUGAAAAAGAACGAGCAAAAAUGAUAUAAAUUAUUAUCACAUUUUAUACUUUGAUGUAUUUCUGAAUCUUUUUCAUAAACUUUUCUGUUAUGUAAAAUUGUCUGUAUACGUUUUCUUAAGCUAAUAAAUGCAUUUAUGAAAGUUGUAAA